AUUUGCAUCGGUAGUAGAAUUAAAUCAACCCAAUGUUGUGGUGUUGUGGUCUUGAGAGACACGCAUGCUUCACGCAUGCUUUUCUUUUGUAUGUAAUCUAGGUAGGGACCCAGUCCCAUUUCCUAUAUUUUGUAAGCUCCAGCGUGACUGAGGGGGAUGAAUGAUGAUUUGAAUCUAUUUCCUUUCUUUUAUGCUUUCUAAUUAUUGUUGCUCCCAUCAUCUGGUAUCAGAGCAUGGCUCCGAGCAGGACCGUGCAAACCACCACCCCCUCCGCCAACCCUCCCAUCCCUCCUCUUAUUGACCCACCACCUCCCCACCAACCUGCCAUUACUCAGCUAGCUUCUUCCUCAUCCCAACCUGAUGACCUUCAACACCUACAGAUGGUUGAGUUUCAGCGCUCCAUCGACCUCCUGCAAGACGAACUUCAUCAGUCCGUCGACUCCAUCAAUCAAAAUCAAUCUGCUUUCCAGAACCAUAUCGCUGCCCAAAUUGCGGCGCUUCAAAGCACGUUGGUGCAUGCCUUAACCAACCGACCCCAACCACUGCACUCUUCCCCACCUCCAGCCUCUUCGCAGUUCCCUCUACCACCAACACCUUCCACUGUCCCAGCCAUCACCUUUGGCUCCAUUCCUUCACCACAUACACCUCCACACACGGCCGCUCCCCUUCACGAUUCCACACUCACGUCCAUACCCCAGAGCAGUCCCACCCCUGAUGUACACACCCCAUUUCCUACCUUUAAUGCCGCCCACCGACCACUACACCAUUACUAUAAGGAACACCAAACCCUUCGCCCACCCAAGUUUAACCUCCCUAUCUUCACUGGAGACGACGUAAUUGGUUGGUUCACCAUGGCUGAGCGGUAUCUCCGGACACAAAGAAUUCCCCCCUCUGAGCACAUCUUCACAGUAGCCUCUCAUUUCGGUCCUGAUGCAUGCAUGUGGAUGAAUUCAUUCGAGCAACAAUUCCCGACAGCCACUUGGGACAAAUUUGCCUCCGCGUUUCUGGAGCAUCACGGGGCCGGCAACACGAUGGAAUUCAAUAUAGCCCUUUCCAAUCUGAAACAGUCCGCCUCCGUGAAUGAAUUCAUCUUAACCUUUACAAAGCUUGCUGGCAGAACCAAAGGGUGGUCGGAUGCCGAGUUGCUACCCAUAUUUCUCAGCGGGUUGAAACCGGAGAUCCAACAUGAUGUGAUUGCAUUGGACCCCCAAACACUGGUCUCUGCUCAGCGCCUGGCACGCCGCUUUGAGCUCAAGCUGGCCGACAUCCGCUCCUCACGUCAGCUCCGUACAAACACGUGGCAAUCCUCGUCCAAAUUGGGUCAGCACUUCUCUAGCCCUUCUGUAUCCACUACCAGCCAACUUACCCACCACCAAAUCCAAACCCAACCAAACUAUCCAAACCAAAAGCCAAAACCAGAUGGUCCAUUUAGGAAAUGGUCCCCAAGUGAGCAGAGGGAACGUAGAGCCCAGGGACUCUGUUACAGCUGCGAUGAACAGUGGUCCAAAACCCACGUUUGUAAAAAACCCGUUAUGGCCAUUCUGGAAUCACCAACACCAUUGGAGGAACUUCCAAUCGAGGCAAUUGUGGAAGAGGAACAGUCGUCUGACUCGGAGCAAUUUAUUCCGAUUCACGCCAUCACUCACACAAUGAUGGGUCAGAUGAUGAGAUUCAAAGGCUUCAUUAACAACCAACCCAUUUCCGUGUUCGUUGAUUGUGGGUCAGCCACAAAUUUCUUGAAUCCGGCAGUGGCAAGACGUCUGGGUCUCACUAUUCAAACCGUGUCGCAUCUCCAAUUCACUUCAGCUUCUGGCGAACAACUAUCACCGUCGGGCCAGGCUAUAGACACCACCGUCUCCAUUCAAGGGUACCAAUUCACAACCUCAUUCUUAUUGAUGCCGGUGCCUGGGUGUGACCUCCUUCUAGGAGCACAAUGGCUAGAGACACUUGGGUUCAUUGGUUGCCAUUUCUCAGAAAAGGUCAUGGUGUUUACAGAAAAUGGGCAAUGCCAUGUGCUGCACGGCUUGAAGAAGCAGCCUAGUCAAAUGGACCAAUCUGCAUUCAUGGCCCUCUUACCCGCUGAACACUUGGAUUCAGUGUCUUCUAUCACAGGUCCAAUUCCAAUUCAAGGAUCAGCCCUCAUCCCUGAGCUGCAACCCUUGCUCACAAGUUAUGAAGAUUUGUUCUCCCCUCCCAUAGGCCUUCCACCCAGACGGGCCAUUGAUCACCGAAUUACGUUGUUGCCCAAUGCCGGCCCAGUGAAUGUGAGGCCGUAUCGCUACGCUCACUCACAAAAAACGGAAUUAGAGGCUCAAGUACAAGAAAUGCUUUCGCAAGGAAUCAUCCGCCCAAGCCGUAGCCCUUUCUCUUCACCGGUUCUCUUGGUGAGAAAGAAAGAAGGUACUUGGCGAUUUUGUGUCGAUUAUCGCUCUCUCAACAAUGUGACCGUCAAGGAUAGAUUUCCCAUUCCUGUGGUGGACGAGCUUCUUGAUGAGCUACAUGGAGCUAAGUAUUUUUCAAAGUUAGAUUUGCGUUCGGGUUAUCACCAAAUCCGCAUGCAUCAAGAGGAUAUUCCUAAAACCGCAUUCCGCACUCAUGAAGGUCAUUACGAGUUUGUGGUAAUGCCUUUUGGUCUCUCUAAUGGUCCUUCAACAUUUCAGGCUCUCAUGAAUGAUGUGUUUAAACAUGUUUUACGCAAAUUUGUUCUUGUGUUCUUUGAUGAUAUAUUGAUCUAUAGCCCGGAUUUGCAUUCACAUCUCAUUCAUCUUGAGGAGGUUUUUCAAAUAUUGCACCAACAUUAA